AUGUGCAUUAUUGAUUCACUAGAGAGUUGCGCGCCGUUAGGCAAUGACGCGACGACGCGCGCGUUUGCCACGCGUGACACUUGGGCGGCAAUUGUAAUCAGCAACAUCACUUCAACUUUCCUCACCCUUACUCUCGGCACACAUGAGAGCAGUCCUGAUCGACCGGUUCUGUUUCUCCAACACGGCGUGUUCUCGGAUAGUUUCGCUUGGACGGGGAAUCUGGCGAACGAGUCGGCUGCGUUUGUCUUUGCCGACGCCGGCUUUGAUGUGUGGAUGGCGAACUCACGGGGCACACCUUCAUCACAGAAGCAUAUCGGUUACGGACCAGACGAGGCACGAUUCUGGAAUUUCACGUGGCAAGAUAUGUGCACUUUUGACUUGACAUCCUCGAUCGACUAUGUGCUGAACACUACGAAAACAGGUAGCCUAAUCGUCACAAAACGAACUGAAAGUCUUUACUUUGUCGGUCAUUCCCAGGGAACUGUGCUCAUGUUUGCCAAGCUCGCAGGAGAUCCAGAUUACGCCAAAAAG